UGUGCGGAUCAGGGUGGGGUGUUGCGCAUGCACAGUGGCUUUGGCCGUGUAAAUCUCCGUCAGUGUCUGUCUGGAGCGUCCUGCCGCUGCGCCGGAACAAGAGAUAAGAGCCCGUCACCUGAAACAUUUCAUCGUCCACCUUCAGAAUCUCUGCAGGAUUGUCUGGAAACCUUCCUCCAUCGCGUCCGGUUAGUUUUGUGCCGACGGCGGCGAGUGUCAUUGAGCUGCGGGGCGUCACUUCUCCAAACGCGCAUCGGGAAUCAUUACGCGUGCGGAUAUCCAGCCAUCAGCGCAGCGAUGUCCGGAUACCAGGGCAAGAAGAACAUCCCUCGCAUCACAAGUGACCGACUUCUAAUCAAAGGAGCGAAGAUAGUGAAUGAUGAUCAGUCUUUCCAUGCCGACAUCUAUAUGGAGGAUGGAGUCAUCAAGCAAAUCGGUGAAAACCUCAUAGUUCCUGGUGGUGUGAAGACCAUCGAUGCCCACGGCAGGAUGCUGAUACCCGGUGGCAUUGACGUUCACACCCGCUUCCAGAUGCCCGACCGGGGAAUGACAGCUGCUGAUGAUUUCUACCAAGGCACACGAGCUGCUCUCGCUGGUGGCACCACUAUGAUCAUCGAUCAUGUGGUCCCAGAGCCGGGCGUCAGUCUGAUCGCUGCUUUUAACCAGUGGAGGGAGUGGGCCGACCACAAGUCCUGCUGUGAUUACUCUCUUCAUGUGGACAUCACAGAGUGGCACAAGGGCAUGCAGGAGGAGCUGGAGGCGCUGGUCAAAGAUCACGGUGUCAACUCUUUCCUGGUCUACUUGGCAUACAAGGAUAUUUUCCAGCUAAACGACUCCCAGAUGUAUGAGGUGUUCAGUGUGAUCAGGGACUUGGGAGCCAUCGCCCAGGUGCACGCAGAGAAUGGAGACAUCAUUGCUGAGGAGCAGAAGAGGAUUCUGGGAUUGGGUAUCACUGGUCCAGAAGGACAUGUUCUGAGCCGCCCAGAGGAGGUGGAGGCCGAGGCCGUUAACCGGGCUGUGACCGUCGCCAAUCAGACCAACUGCCCGCUCUACAUCACCAAAGUGAUGAGCAAGAGCGCUGCUGAUGUCAUUGCACAGGCCAGGAAAAAAGACGAAUCCAACUCUCCUCCGGUCCCAUUGCCUCAACCAGCCGGCCCUAAGACCACUCCUCCUCAGCGUAGCACCAAAAAUCGAGCCCCAGGCCCCAUCUCGCGGACGCGGUACGGCUCGAGCAGCCACUCGCCUCCCAAGAUGCCUAGGCCUACCCUCGCCACCUCCGGCGAGAACCCCAGUCGACUCCCCGGCGUCCUCCUAUCGCUCGGCCAGGCCAACGAUUCCACCAAUAGGAAAGUGGACUGUGUCUGGUCUGAGGCAAGCGUCCACCCCAAGCCCAAAGAAGGGCAAAAGGCAAGACAAACCUCCAGAUAUGCCUCACCGGACUCCACAGUCUUCCUCUCGCGCAAGGCCCAGCUCUCCGCGAUUAUCAAGCCACGGCGUCAGGCCAUCAGCAAGCCUGGGCCGCGCCCCGGAUCCCGCCGCCGCAAGGGUACAUGCGACACCGGCCGCAGCUCAGCCUCGCACCGCGGCUUCUACUCCGACAACGCCAGGGCCCGUAGCUCAAGCAAGCACUUGGUUGCCUCCGCCGCCAAUCACAGCUCCGCCGCACGCCACUUUCAGCUCAGACCUCACAGCCCAAGCAAGCGCUUGGCCGCACUGGCUAUCGAACACAGCCCCGCCACCGCCACCUUAAAUUUGGAGACUGCAGCCCAAGCAGGCGACUUUCUGGUCAUUUCACCUCCCGAUGCAAUCCCAACCUCCCACAUCCUCACAGUCCAAAAAGUUUUUUCCGAGCUUGGGAUCCCCAUCGCUCAGGAAAAAACCAUGGGUCCCGCUACGUUCAUCGAGUUCCUCGGCAUCAACUUAGACUCAGCUAAAUUUCAGCUCUCCCUGCCCAAGGAGAAGAUCGAUAGAAUAAUCCUCAUCUCCUCUACCCUGCUCGCCAGCCCAAGCUAUGAAUGUUCUGCUUCACAGGUGACGGGUAAGAUGGAUGAAAACCAGUUUGUGGCUGUGACGAGCACCAAUGCUGCCAAGAUCUUUAACCUGUACCCUCGGAAGGGUCGCAUCGCUGUGGGCUCUGAUGCUGACCUGGUGCUUUGGGACCCCGACACCACCAAAAUCAUCUCUGCUAAGAGCCACCACCUGGCGGUGGAGUACAACAUCUUUGAGGGGAUUGAGGUGCGUGGAGCUCCUCUGGUGGUGAUCAGCCAGGGCAAGAUCGUCCUGGAGGACGGGAACCUCCACACCACUGAGGGUUCUGGACGCUACAUCACCCGUAAACCCUUCCCAGACUACGUCUACAAGAGGAUAAAGGCCCGCAGCAGGCUUGCUGAGCUGUGUGGAGUCCCACGAGGUCUAUAUGAUGGCCCGGUGUGUGAGGUCACUGUGACACCUAAGGUUAUGACCCCUGUCACCUCCGGUAAGACUUCUCCGGUCAAACACACUCCUCAACCGGUUCGUAACCUGCAUCAGUCUGGAUUCAGCCUGUCUGGGGCUCAAAUUGACGAUAACAUCCCUCGUCGUACAACUCAGCGCCCUGUAUCGUUAAGUAUUAAACGUGCUGUCGCCAUGUUGAUUUGUGGUUUUUCCUUGUAGGAAGAGUCGAUGAGAUAUUUAUUGUUAUGGAUUCAAACCACGUUUGUAUUUUAUAUUUUGAAAAAGUGUCAACUCUUCCACAAACGCCUGAUUUAUUAUAAGGUUUUAGAAUGUUGUUUUAUAAUGAACUGAAUAGUUUGAUUCUUUUUUUUAUUUUAUGUUAUGAUUUCGGUUUCAGGUUGGUGUUUCAACGUUCCCUGAAAUCCCUAACGUUUGUCUUCCUAACGUUUUUGCACUUCGUUAUUUUCUCUCAGCAUUAUUUAACUGCAGUUUUGGAGAUGUUUAGAGCAACAACAAAAAAAGAGACUAACAGUGGUGUUUUUGGAUGUGGUGCGCAGUCCUGUGGGAUUUUAGUGUGAUUUGAAUUUACUCAUUUUUCGCUGUAAAUGUCAAACUGUCCAUUCCUACUUUGUCCCACAGUUGCACGAAGGGGGUCUCACCAGAAACAAUACAGUACAGUUGAGAAAAUAAAGAAAAACUCUCUGGGUGAAUAGCAGAUCUAGAGGGAGCAGCUCUUUUCUCCCUUUCAUUUCGGUUUAGGAGGAAGGCGGUUACUACAGAAACGGUCCCGCUCACUCGGAGUGGAUGCUGAUUAGUUACGACAGCCGUGCCGUGCUGGAGCGUCACCCCAGUAACCUCUUCACACCAGGGGUUUUAUUCGUGCGGUGGAUCUCGGCACGGGUUCGACCGUUCCCUGUGAUGUCACAGCUGCUCCACGGGGCAGCUACUCACCCCCUCCUGUUCCGUCCCACAACAGAACCGACCUUUACCGUGAGGACAUUUUGAAGGUUGCAGUGACUCUGUCUGUCAAACGGAUCGUCCGGCAUGUGUAAGGUUGAUCAGUGUUAUUCUAAAUUAAACGUUAUGUCACAAUGGUUUUCUUACAUUGCAGUUCUGCUUUGUUUUUAUAAAUCGACUUGCCUGCCUAUUCACCAAGUGAUACAGUUCUUGAUUAAUGUCUGUGAGUGUUGUUAUGACAAGCUGAACAUUUCUCAUGGAAGAUGUGUAUACAAUUCAUCAUUCUUCAUGUCUUUGAUUGUUACAAUAAAAUGCAGUUGUGAACAAAA